CGGUGUUUGACUUGACAGAUGGCAGGCGGGAGACGCUCCUCUCGGCUGUCUCUCUCGGUCCGUUGGUCCAUCCCGGUUCCCAUUGUCUCCCCUCUCCGCUCCUUGAAGACAACCGGGACACGACAAACUAAACUUAACCGUUAUUCCGCUCACAGCGCCUCGCGCACGUUACGUCAGGAGACUUACCUCGACCCGAAAUCUCACCCUGUCCCUGUCCAGCCGGAAUGUGGACACGCUUUCAUGUCUUUAUUUUAAUUUAACGUCUCAGAAGAUUUAUUUCCUGUAACGGAGGAGGCGGUGAAUGAACCGAGUAACGGCUGACAGGACGGCGGCGGUGUUGUGGAGGAGCUGAACCGGAGGAGGAGGACUUGUUAUCCGACAGAGACGCCGAAAUCAGCGUCCAGGGGCUGGUGACAUAUCACAACAUCCUAGCAACAAUUUGACUCAGCGUCUCCUGAGUGGAUAAAACACCACAUUCAGAGAGAGGACACAGAGAUACCGAAUUACAACCGUUGUUUUGUGGGGAUAAAACACGUUGUGUGUUGGUUCCGGUGUGAAUGAGAAGAUGUUGCCGCUACAUGCCCGUUACUUCCCCUGAGAGGAGAGGAGAGGAGAGGAGAGGAGCAGGUCUGUGAGAGGAGGCAGGAUCCAGGAGGCAGGGACCACUUUCACUUGUCUUCUCCACCCUAAAACAAAUUAGGCUGUUUAAAUCAGCCAAAUCCAAGUGGCGCUUAAUCGGAUUAAUAAACAAAAGAGGCUUUAAUCUGGGGGAAUAUAGCCAUCUAAUCUCACCAUCUCUGCUCCUCUAAGUGGCUACUGUACCGUGCUAGAUCUGUGACAAGGAUGCGACUAAUCGACGUGAUUGGAGACUUUGUGGUCCAGUAGAUGAUGCUUGGACAAGUUGCCCCUGUGUGGACAUAGCUGGAGGGUCACUGUAACCUUUGCUUCAUUGGUGAAGGCAUUUACAUGAUCAGAAAUUAACCUUUCCCAAUCAAUCAAAAUGCACCACAGCACCUGAUUGAUCAGACACUACCUUCAAGGUUUCCCCCCCACAAGCUUCCUGGAUACACCAAGAACAAUUCAUGGACUUGACUUAUCCCCAAGGCCCACUGUCCAUCCUUUGAUCCCUGACCCCAUGUGUGUUGGAAAUCCAAAGGACCACGUUUCAGGCUGCUUACCUGUCAGCACCCGAGCCAUUUCAAUGAAGUAGUGGCCCCUUUUUCUAUUCCCCCGAGCUCCAGCGAGUACAGGGGCUGCACUCUGUUCGCCGAGGCCGAGCAGCGAGAGCCUCCAUCUGGGCUGCCAGCCAGCCAGACGGCCCUCCGGGGGGCUUUUUGGAUUUCGAAGGUUCCAGCUGGAGGAUUUGGGAGUUUUACCCAGAGUUUCGUCUCCACGUGGAUCGCUGGAGAGAGAGAGGGAGGAGGAGAACAUCAUGGGGUGCUGUAGUGGCAGGUGCACCUUGGCCUUCAUCUGUGGCAUGCAGCUGGUCAGUGUGUUGGAGCGUCAGGUGAUAGAUUUCCUGGGCUACCAGUGGGCUCCCAUCCUGACCAACUUCCUCCACAUCAUCGUUGUCAUCCUGGGCCUGUUUGGCACCAUCCAGUUCAGGCCGAGAUAUGUCACCGGGUACGCCGCCUGGCUGGUCGUGUGGAUGACCUGGAAUGUUUUCAUCAUCUGUUUCUACCUGGAGGUUGGGGAUCUGUCCAGAGACUCUGACCUUGUCCUGACGUUCAACCUGUCCAUGCAUCGCUCCUGGUGGAUGGAGAACGGCCCAGGGUGCAGGGUGACACCCAUCACUCCACCUCCCUCCUGGGCGCCCGAGGACCACCGAUAUAUAUCUAUAUCCGGCUGUCUGAUGGAUUUCCAGUUCAUAGAGGUGGCUCACUCCUCGCUGCAGAUACUCCUGGCUUUGAUGGGGUUCAUCUACGCCUGCUAUGUGGUCAAGCUCAUUUCAGAAGAAGAGGAUAGCUUUGAUUUUAUAGGAGGGUUCGACUCAUAUGGUUACCAGGGGCCUCAGAAGACCUCCCACCUUCAGCUACAGCCCAUGUACAUGUCGAAGUAAACCCAGGAGCUACUCCCGGAGCGCUGCCUUACCAAUCACCACUGCUUAACAUCCUGCUCCUACUACUCAGACUGUCUCUUGAUAAACAACAACAAAGACAAGUAGACAGGAUACAGAAGAUAUUCUGCGUCUCAGCCUACAAAUCCCCUCUCUAGUACUUGGUCAGAUUGCCUCUCUGGUCUGCUGUUUAUAACCGAGUCAGGUCUGUUCCUGAUGAAACACUGGCCUCGUGUGGCUGAACAUGGCAACUGCAGGACAUGUGAGCAACACCAGUCCAUGCAGCUUCUAUAACAGCUGCUUUUUUUUUUGUCUCUGAUGGACGCAAUUAGGAGCGGACGACAUGCUUCCUCUUGUGAGGUUGGGUAUCUGCAUUGUGAAGGAAAACACAGGGAUGUAGAGAAACCCACUGGAGUUCAGCCCUGUUUCUUCAAGCUACUGCAGACACGUGCAGGUAUGCCUGACCAAAGAGUUAAAAUAAAACAGACACACAUCGUCAUGUAUAAAUAGAGCCUGUUUAACCAUCUCUGGAACUUUCUGCUCUCUGUGCCUGACACAUCAGACACUGGACUUCCAACCAGACCGACUGAGCAUCAUUUAACAACACUACCGAUACAGGAAUGUCAGACAUCUUCUUUUUUUCUAAAGUUACUUUUUGGUGCGUUCGGACUCUUGUUGCAGCAAAGACGGGAGCUCGAACACAAUUUUAUUCCAUGGUUUCAUCUGAAACGUUGAAUGUCAAACAACAGCUCGACAUGUAGAUACAUACAUACCUUCAUUCCACAUGUGCAUGUGUAUACGAAACACACACAUUCACAUAGACAGGCAUUCAGUAAUGCAUAUGUGAAUCCACACAUGCAUGCACACACACACACACACACACACACACACACACAUAACAGAUGUAUUAACGUUUUUACUACUAAUGUGAAUCUUAACAAUGUUUACAGUAGAAAUCAGUCUGCCGGACAGAAAGACUGAACGCCUGACAGACAGGCGGACUCUCUAGCUGCAGCAUCCCAAAGGCCACGGGGUGUUUUCUGCCAUAUUAAUACAGACGGGACAGCUGUUCCAGAUGUGUCUCUUGCUGUCUAAAUAUUUUGUCUUCCAUCCAAGACAGAGCAGUGGAGGUAGAUAGAGAUAGAGACAGAACAUGACAGAGAAAACAACCCCAGAAGAGGCAACAGUUUCCACCUCAGUCCUUUUGUAGCUCUCAAUGCCAAGCUUCAGUCGUCACACAUCUCUGUCAGCAAGCAAGUUUUCCCUUUUUCUUAAUUAUAAAAAAAGGCUGGAGGCCAGAUCAAGCGCCCAGUCAGCCCAAUCUACAGCAGCCACCUCUUCGCAAAGGUUCAGUGUGUAGGAUUUAGAGGGAUAUAUUGGCAAGAGUGGAAUAUAAGUAUGUUUCCUUAAAUGUAUCACAAUGCAUCAUGUUUUUGUUACCUUAGGAUGAGCCGUUGAUAUCUACAUAGGGAGCAGGUCAUAGUCGAUUGAGAGACCUGGAUACAGUAGUGGGGGGGCACAGGAAGCCAAAAACAUUCAACUACUGCAUAUAAAAAUUACCUGAAUGAUAGGUGCUGCUUCCACAUCAUUGGGCCCACAGAGCAGACGCAAUCGAGAAUUUCGCCGGCCGAGCUGGCGGCACAGCGGUACCCUCAUGGCAAGAGGGUUCCUGGUUCAACCCCUUCUGUGUAGAGUUUGCAUGUUCCCCCCUCAUCAGCGUGAGUUUCCUCCAGGUACUCCAGCUUCCUCCCACAGUCCAAAGACAUGCAGGUUAACUGGUGACUCUAAAUUGUCCGUAGGUGUGAAUGUGAGUGUGAAUGGUUGUCUGUCUCUAUGUGUCAGCCCUGUGAUAGUCUGGUGACCUGUCCAGGGUGAACCCUGCCUCUCACCCAAUGUCAGCUGGGAUAGGCUCCAGCCCCCCUGCUGCCCCUAACAGAACAAGCAGUUACAGAGAAUGAAUGAAUAAUUGUGCUGGUUACUUAUGGGCCUGACUUUCCAAAUGUUAUUGGAUCAAAUCCUGACAGUGAAACGAGUCAUUUGGUGGGGGUUGUAACGCUAAAAAAAUAUAUUCGCCGAUUUACAGACGUCUCUUUCCCAUUAUACGUCAAAGGGGAAAAGUCUUUGGGCCCAGUGACAUCACAUGAUACUGAAGUUGUAAUUCCACUGUUUGGCCACUACAAACAUUGGCUUCAUAGCCUGCCGUUCUUGGGGGCCUUGAGCCUCAUUUACCGAGAUAACCAUGUCUCGCUGCCAUGUUUCUAUAUUAGCCCAGAGCAGACAAACCAAACACUGGCUCUAGAUAGGGCCAUUUGUAUUUUCGUGUCUGCCACCGUAGCUAGCAGCCCCUCCAUGAGGAACAAGUCAGAAAUACACAGAUUUCUUAAAUGCGAAACUGCUUUAUUCAAUGUUUUUAGAAGUUUAAAUCACUGUGUCCGUUUGUUUAGAGGUCGAGACCUCUGUGGAUAAUUCAGCUCCUGGUUAAAACCUCCUGAACAUCCAGAUCUUAAAUUGUCAGAGAAUAAAGGUGAGGAUAGAUUAGCAGGUGCUAUGCUAGCGGCCCAUCUCUGACAUGCCAAAGCCACAGUAGAAACACUGAUUGUUAGUGUAAAACUGCUUUAUUCGUUGUUUUUACCGGUUUUAAUCACCAGGCCCAUUUGUUUUGAGGAGCAAGAGAUCUCUGCAGAUAAUUCAGCUCCCGUUAAAAACCUUAUUAACACUGUACACUGAAGGAAUUCUAACCAGGAGAAGUUUAAGGCUGUUGCAAUCUGCAAUCCUCACCACUAGAUGCCGCUAAAUCCCGCACACUGGACCUUUAACAACAGAAAAACUUCACAAGCAUAAAGAGAAAAGAAUCACCUUUCACAGUAAUGACAAUCACAGUCAGUGGCCUGAAUCUCUUCAUGGAUUGUACCAUAAAAUUAUGGCAAAAAGCUGAUAAAAGCCUGUCAUCGCCAUGUGGGAAUAGAGAAGCUUCCAAGUUAGAUUAUUUGAGUAAUUAUUUGUUGUUUUGAGUGAUAACUGCAUCCCCAAACCACUGGUGGAUGACAAAGAUUGGAACGAGAAGGAGAAAUGAUACGACACAGGCUGAAUCCGAUGACACUCCCCCUCGCCUGCAGACUAACGAGGACAAAAAUUGUACCAGAGGGAUGCCAGAGUCUCAUCGGCUCCCCUCUCUUCACCUCACCACUCGAAUCCUAAUGUUGAAAGUGCCAACUAUAUCACCACACGGACAUCUGUAGAGCCUGGUGUCUGGGAGCCAGAGACUGGGACCAGAAAUAAUGGGUCUCAGGUUCACUUCUCUCGAGUUCCCAUGAGAGGAAAAAUAGCGAGGAUAUCACCAAUCAAAAAAUUCACAUUUGCAUUCCAGGCAGCCGGCGGGGUUUCUUCUUUUAUUCUGUUCAGAAGAAAAUCAGCUGAUUCCUUAUGUUGCAAUCACUGGACCAAAAGUUUGAGGCCUUCCCCGUCAACCAAGGGACAUUUCUGGGUGGAAUCACUGACAAAAGGACGGACUUACUCCCCUCUUUAAACUACAAAGUCCACCCUCUGCCCUCCCUCUGCCAGAUAUCUUCAGCAGUUCAUGUUUUGUAACAAAACUCUGUGUUCAGAGUUGCUGCCCGGCGAGGCUCCCCCAGACCGGAGGACAGAAACAACAUUUUGUGUGUUUGCAUGAGGUGUUUCCAAACUGUUGCGUAUUUAAUCUCAUGCUGCGUGUGACUAACUAGCUACUUAAAACGGGAACUGUUUGGUUUGUUGAAUGCUCCUCAGCUCUCUUCAAAGAGUCCUAAAUGUGAACUUUGUGAUUUUUUCUAUAAAUAACAACAGUCUGAAAUGUCUGCCGAGUAAAAGGAGAUAAAAAUAGCUACUACAAUGUAAAACGAUGAAAUGUAACUUUGAACUUCUAGACGUUUUUUAAUCACAUGUGGCUGUGUUUACUGUUUUUUCUAGUUGACUACUAAUGUAUGAUGUUGUGUACAAGUGGGACUACUAUGUUUUAUUUCUUCUAAUUGUACAGUGUAUUUUGAGAGGAGAGAGUAUGAGGAGAACAGGGAGGAAAAGGGAAUUAGUUGCACUAUAGUCUGUAAUUCUUUCAUUAAGCGCUCUGUCAGGGCUGAAAUUCACUUUCACUUCAGCACAUAAUUAACAAUAUUAAUUUAUAUCUGAACUGUCAGCCAACACCUCACGUUGCUUUUCAAUAAAUGAAAUGACUGCAGAUGAAGUGUCUUUUUGCAAAAUUCAAAUCAGGAACUAAUGCUGUGAAAAGGGUCACAUAUCCAUUAUUUAAAAGCUUAAUUGAAAAAGAUAGUUGGUUGUGUCGUUAUCAAAUUUGAACUGAAAGUGAAUUUAUGUGUUAAUUUAUUUGUCUUUAAUGGAGUCGAUCGAGUCAAUAUCACCUGGCACGCCUAUAUGACAGAUAGAAGAGAGGAUUUCAGAUAUAUAAUGUGACCCGUGUGUGUGUGUGUGUGUCUGCGUGUGUGUGUGCGUGUGAGACUUUGUACCGCAGUACAUUGUACUUUUCUAUGUCAUGGUGAACUGAACAACACUUAACCCAGAACCUGCAAAGCCACAACUCCAACACAAACUAAAGGAAACUGAAGAACUCAUCAAAGAUUUUUAAUGAACAGCAAUAACUAAAGUAAUAAUAUAUUUUUAAGUAAUAAUGAAGACAGACUCGACACAGUUUGUUGUUUAUCUUCACAGCUGCUUCAUGUUUAGACUUUGGAACAAUCAAUAGAGCUUUUUAAAGUCUGUAGAUUUAAGAAUUCACAUCUGUAGAUAAAGAGUUAAACAUUUGCAGAAGAGGUCAUUAUUUUUGUUGGAUGGUGUCAGUAAACAUUCAGUCCAGCUAUCUGUAUUAAGAGUUACAAAUCUCUCCCAAAAUGUAACUACUCCUCUCUGAAGCUUUACAGUCGUCACAAGAGUGUUUAGUUAGUUAAUACUGUUAUAUGGUGCUGAGCAAAUAUAUGUGUAAUCAGGAAAGACCUGUGUUGUCCAAAUUUUUCACAUUUCAAAACAAAAUUUGCAUUUGAUAGGUGAAGUGCAGCAACUUCAACUGUUUCCGUAAGUAUAGUUCAGUCAGGGACACUUUAGUCAAAGAAAACUUUAUUUCCAUUUGCAGUAUUAUAUUAGGUGGUAUGGCUCUGUUCUGGGGCCUCUGCCUUUCUGCGGGUCCACUAGGGAAGCCUCUUCCACACACCUAUGUUGAAAGCCCAAGGCGUAGCGAGCACACCUCUCUGCCCUUCCAUGUGCAAAUGAGGAAAGCCUGAGGCAGAGAGAGAGCAAACCUCCCUGCACUUCCAUGUGUGCACAUGGAAAGCCUAAGGCAGGGAGAGCAGCAGCAAAGAAUCCCCAGGAAAAGAACAGAGCAGCAUCAAUGACAGAAAUGACGCUGAUAAGUCAGACACAGCAUGAAAAGGAGGAGCUGGGGUGGAGGCAGGUUGCAAAGCAGCUUGCAGAGGAAGCAGCAACAGUAGGCAGGCCAGAGCAGUUUAAAUAGGGCGCCCUAAAUGAGAUUUGCCAAUUGGUUGCAUAGAAAGGAGUCGUGAUCUAUCAGCUGACUCCCUUCCAUCAGUCAGCUGCUCCAUCAGUUGACUGGGCUGUUUGAGAUCAGCUGAUGUAUCUAGGAUGUGAGCUGAGCUUGACAUUGUGUCCUGACUGAACCAACGCUAUGCUCAAUGAAUAAACAGCAAUGACAGUCCCAGAUUACUCAGUGUAGAGGUCCAUGGUGUGGGCUGGCAUAGGGAUGGGUCAUGAUUUUCAAAUUUUCGAAUACUCGUUUUAUUUUGAAAAAUCGAUUUUUUAAUGCAACUAUUACUAUUCGCCGUCUUAUUUCCCCCCUUUAUUUGACAUGCGAUUCAGCUCCUAACCGCACGAGGGCAGUAUAGGAUUGCUACAGCGGUGUGAGAUGGGCUACCAGCUAGUUUGAUGCUCUUCUACAAACAGGAGAAACAUGCAAAGACUACUACAGUCAUCAAAGUUCCGUGUGGAACAACUUCGACAAAAUAAACAAAAAUGAGGUGCAGUGCAAAUUCUGUGAGGCAAAGCUUGCGUAUCACAAGUCUACAACAAGUAUGCACAGUCAUUUGAGAGCGAGGCACGCAGGAGGCGGCGAGGGACUGUGAGGCCGGGCUCAACGGCGAAACACGAUUAUUCAAAAAAUCAUCGAAUAGUUGCCAUGAUUUUCGAAUAGUGUUUUUGCUUGUGCUGCCCAUCCCUAGGCUGGCAGUCUCCGAUUACAGUUAAAAAUCCUUUAUUCACACAUGGAUAGACCAACAUGUUUCCAUAGUCUUCAUCAGGGUGUUGGUUUCAAAAUAUGUUUUAACAUAAAAAGUUUUUAACACUGUGAAGCCCCUAAAAAUUAGGUUUCAAAUGUUUCUUAUUUCUCUAAAAUAUGAAUUCUCUUAAAUAUGAGUAACUUAAAAAUCAACAAAGGUAAAGUAAAUAAUAAGAGUUUAACUAUCAAAAAGCUCAGUGAAUGAGGUUCGUCAGGACUGUGUGGGUGUGGCUCGCCCAGAUUUGAUUGUUAACAUGCACAAAAUAAGAAAUUUUUCACCCUUAUUCCGAUAAAGACAAUAUUCCAACUAAACCCUUCUCAUAGCUAACGUAAAUGAAUAUUCCUGUUUACAUGCAGCCACGCAUGCAUACUCUGAUUAACGUAAUAUUGUGCUUAUAAUAAGUGCUGAUUUACAAUAAAAGAUGAGACGAAAAAGAUAUAAAAGGUAAUAUUCAUUCUAAAUUAUUUACAAGUUUAAUAAAGUUGCAGUGCAGUUAAAAUCAAUUAAAGUAACUGAAUAAUAAAAAAUUGCAGUGCGGUGCAAGAAAUGAAUAAGUAUUUGAUUUAAUAAAAGGCAGUCGCAAACAGAUUAGACUGUAAAGAGCAGAGAAGCCGUGUGUCACAAACUGCACUAAAAAACCCCAAUUUACAUUUUCCGAAUGCUCUGUAUACAAACAAUUCUCCUAAAACUAAAACAUUACCUGCGUAAGUGUCAUAAGUGAAAAGUGCUACAUUCAAAAUAUUCAAACAGAAUAUGCAUGACCCGUAUCAAAUUCGGAAUAUUGUCACAUUCGGAAUAAUAGUGUAAUGUAAGUGUGCAUGUGAAAUUCAUCAACAGUGGCCUGGAAACAUAAGCAACUGAAAUGUUAUUAAAAUGUUGUUAAAUCCUGACUGGCACACAGAAGUAUAUGACAUCAGUUUUUGCCACGAGUCCAAUCCAACUCAACACAAUUUUACUUGUUAAGUAAACUGUAUGUUAUCAGCAUCUUGGAGUUUUGUCAUUAAUAAGUUUAAUAAGAGAAAUAAGUACUUUGUUAUAACAGUAAAUGGUCAAGUAGGAAUAUCAUGCAAAAGAAAAGUGUAGGACCCAGUAUAGAACCCUGAGGUACUCCACAGCUCAACGUCCUUGUAUAAAGCAUAGGCAACUUAAUUUAAGGGAAAUCUGGCUGUUGUAGCAGAUAUUAUUACGUAAGAGGAGCGUUUAGAGAGUGCAAUAACACAUAAUCAUAAAUACAUUAAGCAACCAUUAACAGUGUCACUACGUCAAUGCAGGAACACGUCGCUAACUGCCAGUGAAAACGCUGAUCUCCAAACUUUCUCUGUGGCUCUGGGUUGAUUUGUUCAAGUUCACCACUGACUAGAACAAUCUAUGUUGGUUUAACUCCUUCUCUUUUUAUGAUGGUUUUCCCACAGGUGACAGACUGUACAUAAACUAGACAGUUGGGAAUAAAGUAGACAGUGGAGAAGGAAAGUCUAUGUUGUGUCUCUCUUCUCUGACACCUUUCAGUCUUUGUUUUUCAUUUUCUCUGACCUCAAGU